AUAAAGGUUUUGCGUUUGCGCAUGUGCUAUUUUAUAAAGUUUGCCAUCUUAGUUUUUACCUUACGUCAGUUUCCUUAUUACUUUUUAAGUAUUGAUCAGUGUUGCCAACUGGCAUUUUUUAAUGCCAAAUUUAGUAAAAUUGGCAUUAUUUUAACAUGUUUGCAUUUUUUGGCAUUUUGGCAUUAUUUUGGCAUUUUGGCAUUUUUUUUGGCAUUUUUAAAGAAACUGUUGAAUUGAUUUUUUUUUCAGUUGGUUUGUAUUUAAUUUGUAUUAGAACAUUAAGCACAAUGUCGAGGGUAAAUUCAAGAAAGUACCUUGAAAAAUGGGAAGCGGAUUAUCCUUGGCUUAAAAAAAGCUCUGAUGGUACUGAAUCAGCAUUCUGUACCCUUUGUCGUGUAACUAUACAACCACAGAAAUCGUCUGUAGAACAGCACAGUGGUACUUUUAGACAUGCUUCAAGAGAAAAGCAUCUUAACACAAAAAGCCAGAUUACGUUUCCUUUAGUAUCAAAGAAAGCAGACUGUGAAGCAGAUAUUUCAACGAUAAAUCACCUUGGAGAAAUCAUUUCUCUUUAUGGAAAAAAUAGUCCCCUUGAAAACCUUCGUCUGCAUCGAACCAAAUGUACCCAAAUUAUUAAAAAUGUAAUUUCUUCAUCAAUCAAAUCAGAAAUUUCUGAAUCAAUGGCAGAUAAACCUUUUCCCAUCCUGAUUGAUGAAUCGACUGAUGUUUCUUUGACAAAACAUCUUUGCAUUUGUGCUCGAUACUAUUCAGAUGAACAGAAAUCAGUUAUCGAUGACUUUCUUGGUUUAGCUGCUGUGAUAUCAACCACUGGUGCAGAUCUUUUUGCUGUUUUGGAAACAAAGUUGACGUCUGUUGGAUUGUCUUUAAAAAACUGCAUUGGGUAUAGCUCAGACGGAGCUUCAAAUGUCAUUGGAUUUCACAAUUCGGUUUGGUCUCGUGUUCGGGCAGUCUCUCCUAAUUGUAUUUUAAUGCGCUGUACAUGCCACUCCUUGAACCUCAUUGUUCAACAUUCCUUUGAAUUAAUGUCAUCAAGUGUUGGCUUUCUGCUCAGUGAAAUUCCUUCAUUUUUUUCAAAUUUUUUCAAAAUUUCAUUUUUUUUACAACAAUUAACAACAUGUUCAAAGAUGAAACUCUCUAUCUUUAUGUGGUCUUUUUGACACCAAUUGUUCAAGAAUUUGAGCGUUUGAACGCUCUUUUUCAAAGCACUAAUGUGGAUCCUGAGAAGCUAGUUUCAGAGCUAAACCUACACUAAAAA